UAAACAAAAACUAGGGUUUUUGUGUAUAUGCGGGCUCUAACUUCCGCCUAUCACUGCUUCUGAAUCCUAGCCUUUUUUUCUUCACAGAUUUGCUCCAACCCCCGCCCUCUGUUCCCCCUGCGAAAAGGCUUGAGCUUUCAGCCAAAAUGGGUAUUUCUCGUGAUUCGGUGCACAAGAGGCGUGCCACUGGUGGCAAAAAGAAGGCUUGGAGGAAGAAGAGAAAGUAUGAGCUUGGAAGGCAACCAGCAAACACAAAGUUGUCAAGCAACAAGACAGUCAGGAGGAUUAGGGUUCGUGGUGGAAAUGUGAAGUGGCGCGCUCUGAGGCUCGACACUGGAAACUACUCCUGGGGAAGUGAGGCUGUGACUCGUAAAACCAGAAUAUUGGAUGUGGUCUACAAUGCAUCUAACAAUGAGCUUGUUCGUACUCAAACUUUGGUGAAGAGUGCUAUUGUUCAAGUUGAUGCUGCUCCAUUCAAGCAAUGGUAUCUCCAGCACUAUGGUGUCGACCUUGGUCGCAAGAAGAAAACACCUGCAGCAGCUACCAAGAAAGAAGGAGAGGAAGGUGAAACUGUUGCUGAGGAGGCAAAGAAGAGCAACCAUGUCUUAAGGAAGUUGGAAAAGCGUCAGCAGAACCGCAAGCUUGACCCACAUAUUGAGGAUCAAUUCAGUAGUGGUCGUUUACUGGCUUGUAUCUCUUCACGGCCUGGUCAGUGCGGCCGUGCUGACGGGUAUAUCUUGGAAGGCAAAGAACUAGAGUUCUACAUGAAGAAGAUCCAGAGAAGGAAGGGAAAGGGAGCUGCCUAAAGUUUUGUUACUUGAGAUAUCAUAUUUCAGACCAAAUGUCCCUUUUUUAACCUUUCUUUCAUCAUUUUCAGUAGAUUUUGAGAUUGUGAUGGUGGUUACACAUUUAGUAUGAAUUUUCAAGUAGUGAAGUUGUGUCGUAAUUCAACAGUAUUAUCAUAUACCUUGAGCUGCAUUUUUUUUUUUUUUUUGUACUUGGAAUUUAGUUGAGAUUUAACUUAAUAUAAAUGGCAGCCUGUUUUGGGA